AUGUGGCAUGCGUGGUUGCCACAGUCGCUGCAUUCCUGGGGGCGUCGCUCCAAGGCUGCGUCGCCGUCCGCUCCGUCGACUUUUGAGCCUUCUCCAAAGGGUGCCGUCGAGCUGAGGCCGGAGUCUCCAGGAGGAACGGCGCCUUCGGCUCGGGCCAGCAGUCCUGCCGAGGAGCCUGAACCUCGCCCGGGUCAGUCGCGAGAAAGCGGCGUACAAGGCUCCCCGCGUCAAGGGCCACGGCGUUCUUUCCUCAGUCAACGUGUCAGACCCUGGAGGGAGCGCUCACAGCCCACGCUGAGAGGCUCUGCGCCUCCAGGCGACGUCGCAGCAGAUGCGCUGGCGGGCACAGGAGACAGCGGCUCAGAAGAGGGUCUGUGCGCUGCCGAGAUGUCGCCUGCAGCUGAGCCUGUCCGUGUGCCUGGGGAUUCCAGAUCACCUCCUCCGGCGACUGAGGACGCAGGAGAGAAACUUUUUCCGUCUGAAACCAGUUCAGGCCAGCCACCGUCCACCGGGCCAUCCCCGAUGGGCGCGCCUCGACUGCAUCCGGAGCUUCCAACCGCUCUGUCCGCUUCCCUUUCUGGUCGGCGCAGUGUUAAGGCAGACGGAUCGCCUUCCUCACAUGCGACGCCUCCAGAUGGCCCAAACUGUUUGCCUCUCGCGGGCAACGCGCCCCUGCCUGCGGCCUCUCCCGCGGCGAUGCGCCUCCCAGUCGAGGAGUCCGGCGCGACGUCGGCGUCCAAGUCCUCCGGCUCUUGUCGUCGGCACGGGCGUCCUGUCUCUCGACCCCGGACGAGUGUCAGAAUUCGCCCGUUGCCGGCAGAUGGGGCUGCGGACCGGCCUCACGCCUGGUCGGAAACGAAAUGCACUCACGCCUUCCCACCCGCGCAGCUGACCUUGCCCCGGCCGCCGCCCGCGUGGGAGGAGGAAGAAAAGGCCGAGCAGCUGUGCCCGCUGCGGCAGGCGAGUCACCUGACGUUCCACGUGUAUGCAGACAUGGACGCCUACGCGCUGGAUCGCAGCCUUCCCGUGGAGCUGUCGUGGCAGGAGCGUAUUCGCGAGGCGUUUCUUUCGCUUCUUCCGCUUGCGCACACGUACGGCGUGGACCGGGUUCUUCGAGACGAAGACCUUUGUAGGAUCGUGUUCAAGUACUUUGAGAUGCAGGAAAUGUUUGCGUUGCUAGACGAGGACUCGCCUUCGCAUGCACGAAAGCCAUCUUUUUUUGGCGGACUCCGACGGUCCCUCUCUCACCGCCACAGACGCUGUUCGCCACUGUCGGGGAAAGCAGAGUCCGUCGCGUCGUGCGCGGAAACACACUCGAGUUCUCUCUUCCCGACACGAAAGCGGAAAGAAGCUGGCCCUUUGGGAGCAGCGGCGGCGCGCACCGCCGCGCUUUCUGCGGCCGAGUCCCCAGACGCUGGGAGACGCCCGAGGCAGGCAGGCAGGAAAGGUGAUUCAGAAAGUCCGAAUCGGGGCACCGAGACUGGGGCCGCAGGCCCGCGCAGCGAGGAAGCGGGCGGCUCAGCCGCCCGUGCAGAUGACGGUUCAGCUUCGGAAGGCGGAACGAAGAAGCAACUUCUGCGUUCAAGGUGGAGAGCCGAGAGGAAGAGGAGAGGCGAGAAACAGGCGGAGCGUGGACAGGAAAGAGGCGACGGAGAUUACCGGAUGGCACGAGCAGCCAGGCUCUCUAGUGAAGGAAUUAGCGAGGUCAGAGAAGCUUAUCUCCUGGACAGCCGAGCGUCCGACAGCCCGUGUUGUGGCAUGCACUGGAGUCCCAAGGGCGGACCCAGGGUGGGCUCUCCGCUGCUCGAACCGGGUUCUCCACAGGAAGCGUAUCGGUGCUGGAGGAGUACCGGCGGCAGCGGUAGCAGCCAUCUUUCGGGAAGGACUGGGGGGGACUCGAGCCUUACUUGGGAUCAAGAUGAGAGAAUCCACGAGCGCCGACUGGAAGCGGAACUGAGGAAAGGCGUGGCAGCGAUAUUCGCGGGAAACGCAAUGGGAUCGACACUCGACGCGACGCCCUGGGUCCUCGCAGUCGAUGACAGCCCCUCCGUGAGGAUCUGGAAUCGGAAAUAUCGACACAGCACGCUCCUGUCUUUUCGCAUCGAAGGCGUCGUGGACACUCCCCUAGUCGCGGUCCUGUCUGUUCUGAAUGAGAUGGACAUGUUCAGGGACUGGGUUCCGAGCUUCAGCUUCCCGGUCCGGUUGGGCUUGAAGGACGCCAUCCGCGUGGCGCAGUUUGGACGAGUGGAUCAACUCGACAUCUUCAAGAUCGCGUUCCCGUGGCCCGUGAAUGACAGGCAGGUUGAGACACAGAACGGACAUUCCCAGAGGUUCCAGAUUCAGUUCAGUGGCUGUGUCUACUGUCUUCCGUUCGGCCAGGAAGCCUUCAAAACUGAGAAAAAAUAG